CCACUCCCGGGAGUUGUUCAACACCAGUCCUGGGCCGAACCGCAUGCUGCCCCUAAAGGGCCAUUACCAGAACCCGGGCGCCUGAUUGCUCAGAGAUGCGCGGGAUCACUGCUUGAGGAACCACCCGGGAAUUGUUAGGGGGUUGCACGCGUCCUGAAGUCAGUCGGUCCAAGCCAUGCUUCUAGGUGGCCUGAGGCAGCUGAGAUUUCAGCUGCGAACUGCAGAGUCCACUUUGACCCCAGGGAACUGGCUGCGGUCAGUGUGUCGCAGCAGCAGCAGCGGGCUCCCCUUCCAGGGAGGAGAAGGGAAAACAUCUUCCUUUUCGGAAACAAGAUGGAAAGACACAGCAGAGACAGUAAUCAUUGGAGGUGGCUGUGUUGGUGUGAGCCUAGCUUACCAUCUGGCCAAAGCUGGGAUGAAGGAUGUGGUGCUUUUGGAAGCAUCUGAACUCACUGCUGGAUCUACAUGGCAUGCAGCAGGUUUAACGACUUAUUUUCAUCCUGGAAUAAACUUGAAGAAAAUACAUUAUUACAGCAUUAAGCUUUAUGAAAAACUGGAAGAAGAAACUGGGCAGGUGGUGGGCUUCCAUCAGCCUGGAAGCAUCAGAAUUGCUACAACUCCUACAAGAGUGGAUGAGUUUAAAUAUCAAAUGACUCGAACCCGCUGGCAUGCCACAGAACAGUAUCUUAUUGAGCCUGAAAAAAUUCAAGAGAUGUUCCCUUUACUAAACAUGGAAAAGGUUUUAGCUGGACUUUAUAAUCCUGGAGAUGGGCACAUCGAUCCUUAUUCUCUCACUAUGGCUCUGGCUGCUGGGGCCCGGAAGUACGGUGCUCUACUAAAAUUUCCUGCUCGAGUGACCAAUCUAACACCCAGAUCAGAUGGGGCAUGGGAUGUUGAAACCCCACAGGGAUCUAUCCGAGCUAAUCGAAUUGUGAAUGCCACAGGAUUUUGGGCUCGUGAAGUUGGCAAAAUGAUUGGACUAGAACAUCCUCUCAUUCCGGUUCAUCAUCAGUAUCUUGUCACAGCAACCAUACCUGAAGUGAAAGCUUUAAAAAGAGAACUCCCCGUUCUUCGAGACCUGGAAGGAUCCUACUACAUGCGACAGGAACGAGAUGGGCUUUUAUUUGGUCCAUAUGAAAAUCAGGAGAAAAUGAAGGUCCAAGAUUCCUGGGUGACCAACGGAGUCCCACCAGGUUUUGGAAAAGAACUUUUUGAGUCUGAUUUAGACAGAAUCAUGGAACAUGUGGAAGCUGCCAUGGAUAUGGUCCCAGUUUUGAGAAAGGCUGACAUCAUCAAUAUUGUUGCUGGUCCUAUCACUUAUUCUCCGGACAUUCUGCCCAUGGUGGGACCACAUCAAGGUGUUAGAAAUUACUGGGUGGCCAUCGGUUUUGGAUAUGGCAUCAUCCAUGCUGGUGGUGUGGGGAAAUAUCUCAGUGAUUGGAUCCUUGGUGGAGAACCUCCUUUUGAUCUGAUUGAACUGGAUCCCAAUCGUUAUGGAAAAUGGACAACAACGCAGUACACAGAGGCCAAAGCAAGAGAGUCUUACGGAUUCAACAAUAUUGUGGGUUACCCUAAAGAAGAAAGGUUUGCUGGGAGACCUACCAAAAGAAUCAGUGGGAUUUACAAUAUCCUUAAUUCUAAAUGCUCCAUGGGCUUCCAUGCAGGAUGGGAGCAGCCACAUUGGUUUUACAAGCCUGGACAUGAGCCUGGAUAUAAGCCAAGCUUCCGACGUACAAACUGGUAGCCGGUGGGCUCUGAGUUAUCAACAAGUUAUGCAAAAGUGGGGGUGAUUGACCUAUCGCCAUUUGGCAAGUUUAAGGUCAGAGGCAAAGAUUCUCUUAAACUGUUGGAUCACCUCUUUGCAAAUGUCAUUCCAAAGGUGGGUUUUACAAAUAUAAGUCACAUGUUGACGCCAAAAGGCAGAGUUUAUGCUGAGUUGACUGUCUGUCAGCAAUCUCCAGGGGAGUUCUUACUGGUAACUGGUUCCGGGUCAGAGCUUCAUGACCUGAGAUGGAUUGAAGAAGAAAUUGUGAAAGGUGGAUAUGAUGUUAAGAUCGAAAAUAUUACAGAUGAGCUUGGAGUCCUUGGAGUAGCAGGACCAUCAGCAAGAAGGGUCCUUCAGAAACUGACGUCUGCUGAUCUUAGUAACAAUGCAUUCAAGUUCCUCCAAUCUAAGCCUUUAACGAUUUCUAAUAUUCCUGUUACUGCUAUUAGGAUAUCCUACACAGGUGAACUGGGCUGGGAGCUCUACCACAGACAAGAAAACACCGCCACACUCUAUGAGGCCAUCAUGGAAGCAGGCCAGGAGGAAGGAAUCGACAAUUUUGGGACUUAUGCCUUGAAUGCCUUAAGAAUGGAAAAAGCUUUCAGGGCCUGGGGGUCAGAGAUGAAUUGUGAUACAAACCCUCUGGAGGCUGGGCUAGACCAUUUUAUAAAGUUAAAUAAACCAGCAGACUUCAUAGGAAAGCAAGCACUGAAACAGAUGAAAGAAAAGGGGCUGAAACGGAGAUUGGUCUACCUCACCUUGGAGACGGAUCAUGUGGAUCCAGAGGGAAAUGAAAGCAUCUGGCAUGAUGGCAAGGUUGUUGGCAACACCACCUCUGGAAGCUACAGUUACAGCAUUCAGAAGAGUCUGGCUUUUGCUUACGUCCCUGUGGAGCUUAGUAAAGUGGGACAGAGAGUAGAGGUUGAACUACUGGGCAAAAAUUACCCAGCAACCAUCACACAAGAACCACUGGUUAUGACUGAGCCAACUAGAGCUCGGCUUCAGAAAAAAGCUGGAAGUAGCCACAUCUGAAAGAAAAGGAGGGGGAAAAACUGCCAUUAGUAGUUUUACAGCUGCUUUAAAAAUUGUGUGACUAUGUGACUGCUCUCAGGAUUAUGAAUCACUGUAGUUCUCCUAAGGAAUGUAUUCUUUUCCAAAUUCCACUAAUGAAUCAACUUCAAAAUCAACCAAAUCCAGAUUUAGGCUCAUUCUAAUACCUUUUCCCUUUUUCUCCACAUCCCCUCCUCCCAGCUGUUUUCCAUUUUUUUAACGUCAGGAUUUCAAAUAAGUGAAUUACAUUGUCCUUUCAAACCAAGAACUUACUUGUGAAAGACAAUGUAUUUCUUAAGUAUUGUAUCAUGCAGCAUUGGAUCAGCAAAAAGAAUCCCAAGAAGUUGUUUUUUCCAACAUGUAAUCACCAUAACUGUUAAAAGACAACAAAUAGUUUUAUAAACUUGUAUGUUUUACAUUUACAAAUCAGUGAGAAAAUAAUUCUGUUCAUGUCUCAAAUUAAAACAAGCAAGAACAUUAUUGUUGCGGGGUGCCCGUUCCUGGGCAACCUCAGAUGAUCCAAAUAAGCAAUUGUUGAAAAUACUCACAAUGGAAAUAAUCUUAAAUACGUUUAACUAGUUUAGUACUUGAGAGUUUAAGUAAAGAUCUGUUCAAAUGUAAGAAACAUUAAAUCUCACAAUACCUGCCUUAGAAACAACUCAGACAUUGUUAUAGAAUAAUCCUUAUUGUCCUUUCGGAAGGUCGUUUUAGGAGAAAAAUUGCAAAGAAAGAACAUGGUCUUCCCUAGGAAUUGUUCCUUCCAAGCCUUCAGCAAAGAAACUGAAGCAUAAAUAGAUUGUGCCAGUGGAAACACGGUUUGAAUAAUGAAUACCUAUCAUUGAAGAAAGAAUUAAUGGAAGUUGACAUCACACUGAGCUGUUCUGAAUAUCAUUUUACAAAGCAGGUCAAAAUAAAGUAUAAAAGCUGACAGGGCUGCACUUAGCGUUACGCACAGCAAGAAAUCCAUUUGGAAAUUAUUCUUUGUUCAACUUUCAGAAAUGAUUUGGGUCUACUUGGCUGAACCAAUCCAAAAUAUUCCUUUUCUUAAAGGUGACACUAUUUAUAACCAACCAGUGUGUGGAAUGUAUGUUUUUUGCUCAAACACAUUUGCUAGUUAUUAAAGAAAACAGGAUAUGAAACAUGAAAAAAACUACAGUUAGAAUAAAUAGACUAUAACAACACUUCUUAAUUUGUAUGUUUCAGAAACAUAACAAAUUUGCCAGUAUCAGAUGUGUUACGAAAUAUAAUAUAGUAUUCAGAUACUGGGAAUCUCAAAUCCUUUUUCUUGGGCAGACGAUUACAUGAGGAAAGUGAAAACACAGCCGCCAUCUUAGCAUGUUUCUUACUUAGCAGGCAUCAUAUAGGCUCUCUACCACUCCAUCUAGGAUCUCUACCACUAGCUGGAACUUCUACAGAGGGUGGUUUUUCCUGUGAAUUAGCAUGCCAGUUUUCUAAAUGAUUUUUGACCAAGGGCGAGUACUAGACGCCACUCUUUUUCUCAGUGAAUAACUAUUCAUUAAGUACCUUCUUUGACCAAGACACAAGGAUGAUUAAAUCGGUCCAUUCUGUAACGGACUAGUAGAUUUUCUAUGAGCUUCCAUCACUGUCCUCUCAGAGUGCUGUAGAUGUUCUUUGGAACCCCUUUAAAUAAGCAGGAUUGUAUAAUCUUGGGGAAUAAAUAAAGACAGCAUAUGGAAGGAUACUACUUAAUCCAAUGGUAAUGCAUCCCAGGCAUGUCGGACAGCCUAAAGCCCCAGAGACUGGAAUGUUGUGUGUGAGGAAUCCAGAAAGAAGGCCUGGUAAAAAGCAUUUGAUUCAGUUAUCUUGCAAUAAUAGCAAUGAUGUCCUAAAACUUGUGAUUAAGAUUAGAGAAGGAUGAGGAGGGAAGUGACCACUGAGAGAUAUCCCAUUUCUUCAUUUGAAAACAACCUUAUGAUUGUCCAAAGCAUCCUAAGAUAAUACCUUUUCAUAUCUUGUAUGUUUCCCAACUUGAGUCGGUGCUAGGAUGGUGGUGGUUGUUAAGGCAAAAUUACCCAGGAUUCUUAGGAUUUUCAGUUAGAAAAGGCUUUAAAGAUCAGAAAGGACAAUGCCCAGAGCCACUGCUCUGUGCCUCCCCUUACCCCUAAGCCCAGGCCUUGCACUUAGUCAAAUAUCCUUCACCUUCUCCUCCCUUACUCAGAUGUACUUCAGCAAGGCUAUUGUGAAACAGAUGGAUGUCCCAACCCAGAAUGGGACCUUUGGGAUCUAUCUUCUCUGCUCACAUACCUGUAUAUCCCUAUUCAGGUGGUAAAGCCACUACGUAGAACAUGAGCACCAAAUAUUUCAUGAGCAGUGGCUCCAUGACAGUGACGGCUGAUUCCUAAGUGCAGCUGCCAGCAAAAGAAACUGGACAUGCUGGAUGUAAUGGCUUCCAAAUCCAACUUGGAAAAGAUGACCUGUGGUCUGAGGUCCAGUUCCAAGUAGAAGCCAUUGAAGGCAUUGGCAGAAUAUUUGAAACAUGAAAUUGAGAGGUGAACUUUUGGUAUCAUCCUCCAAGAUGGUGUGGAAAGGUCAACUCCAUGGAAUCAUCUUGAAUCAAACAGAGCAGAAAAUGGCCAGGAAGUAGAACAUCUUCUCCAAGCCCUCUGUCCACCAGUCAGUCGAUAAGCAUUUAUUAAACAUUUACUAUGCCAGACGUGGUGCUCAACACUUAGAAUAGAAAUAGACACAGAAGACAGCCUCUACCUUAAAGGAGCUUACAUUCUAUUGGGGAAGACACCACAUAAAAGGGAGUGGAAAAUGCACCUGGCACAGGAGCAUGACAGAGAAAGUUCUGUGGAGAUGACUGUAGCUCUGCAGCCUGGAGAGGGCUAAAGAUACCUCCCUCACCCCAGAGAUUAAAGCCAGAAAAGUCUGUGGGAAAAAAAAGGAUCAGAAGGGAAAGCAGUAUUUCUACCCAAACAUAACACUUUAUAGUAUUUCCACACCAUAAUAGGCUUUUUUACAUUCUUUUUAAUUUUAUUCUUCAUUACAAUGCAUUGUAGACAGUUAUCUCACAGAUAGUUAACUAUUCCCCCAAAUGCCUGGGACUGGUAGCAAAGAGUGCUCACAAUGGUAAAGUUCUUAGAUGGAAGACAUAAGAUAAUUUCUUAACAUCGUAUUCAUGUGAAAGGCUGGUAUAUAAAACUAUACUCUCCAUAUUGCUUGAUAAGAGACCUUAAAAGGGCCAUCUCCCUAUGUUGUCAGAGUAGAAUCAAAGCCACUCUUGAAAAGUUUCUUUAAAUAUAGUGAACAAGAAGCAUGCUAGCUGCAAACUUUAAUUCAAGGAUUUGGAUUUUCUUGAAAGAUUCUGGGAUGCUAAAGGAUGGUACUCAGUUUCUAGGGGUCCUCCAGUUUUUCACCCUGUUUCCUUCUUGAACUAACUAUUCAUUGAAAUAAUGGGGCAUUGAAUAAGAUCAACCACAACUUUAGUGAGCGGCCUUCAGUUUUUUCCUUAUGAAGAAAUAACGGUUUUCUCUUACUGGCUCUUAUCUCUCCUUCUGAGAAAUUUCUUUUCCUCAAUUUGAAGGACCAAGCAAGUAGGAGAUAGUGAUAAAAGAGGUUAAAAUUGCUUAGAUCUUGUAAGACUAUCUUUAAAAGAGCCUAGGAAGAGAAAUAGAGAGGGAAAAAGUUGGAAUGAAUUGGAAUAUCCCAAAUUUCAAAUUACUGCUAUUUAUAGCAACAAUCAUAAAAUUUUUGAUACCAGUUUAAAAAGAGAAAAGUAGAUCAAUGGAACAAAAUAGAUAAGCAAGGAUUAGAAGCCACCAAACCCAGUGUUUGAUAAAUCCCUAAGUAUAAAUUUCUCAGGGAAGGAUUUGUUAUUUGUAAGGAACUACUGGGAAAACUGGAAAGCAGUUUGACAGAAAAAAAAAUUGGUUUAGUUCCACAUCUUACUCCUUAAGACCAGAAUAAGUUCUAGUUCAUUCAAGACUAAAUAUACAAGGUUUAAUCAUUUUUUUCUAACUUGGAAGAAAAUGUAAGUACCUUUCACAACUAUAGCUAGGGAGAGAAUUCAUGACCAAACUAGGGAUAGAGUAAAUCACACAAAAUAAAAAAUAAUUUGUUUCCAAAGGAAAUUAUGAUUUUCAUAAGUUGAUAUGACAUGUAUACUGAAUACACUAAUAAUUUAGAUUUUUCAGAAUUGCCUCUCUUGUGAGUUAGAAGCUCACAAUGCAGUGUGAAAUGUUCACUCAAACCUUGACAACACUCACAAUCACUGCCUGUGUACCUUAAGCGAAGUGAAUCAAAGAUUGUAGAACCUGUGACCCACCAAGUCAUGACCCCUAAAGACUCGACUGCAGAAUUGUUGUAUUGUCUUCCAUUUGUGGGUUUGUUGUGGGAAACCACUCAAGCCCUGGAAAUGAUUGUUUGAAAUCCACCUUCCCCAUUCCCUUCCCAUUGUGAUUUAUGUACAUAAUCUCUGUCUUCACUACAGUAAGGUGAAAUUCUGAUCAGGAGAAUUCCCAAUUUGCAAAUCUAUUCCUCAUAAUGAAACAAAUUAAUUAAACAGCUAUCUGAUUACUGGCA